AUGAACUUUCUCAGCGAGAUCCGCGACCAAGGCCGCCGCCUCGCCGUCGACGCCCUCUCCGGCGGCGGCAUCGAACGCGCCUCCCCCGACUCUCCCGCCGUCCCCUCCGACCUCGCCGCCUGGCUCCCCGACCUCUUCGACCGCUUCCCUUUGGUAUUUCCCUGGGAGCAGCCCACGCCCGUAGACCCGGCUUUGCACAGCGUCUGGCUUCUCGACAACACCGCCUUCCGCUCCCCUUCAAACCCCAAAGAUCGGGGUAGUUUGAGAGAUGUCAAAGACCCCAAAGACGCCCAGCCAUCUUUAAUCAAUGGUAAUAAUGGCCACCCCGAACCAAGCGGCUGGGAAGCCGAAUUCGUCGCCUGCUUCUUCAUCAAAAACUCUGGCCGCUCCGUCUCCGCCAUCGCCGCGCAGAUCGCCCGCCAGCUCAACAUCGGCGAGGAAGACAUCGCGACCCGCAAACGCAUCGCCGCGCACGUCCAGCCCUUCGCCGAUACCGUGCUGCCCAACCGCACAUUACGCAUUGCGAUCAACAACGCCGAAGAGCAAACCCUCGGCCCGUCCGGUUAUUCAGGAAUCAGCAGCGACAUCCACGCCCUGCACAUCCCGGCUUCUGCAGGGGAUACGCUCACCUCCGUCCCCGUCGCUUUGCCGGCGCCGUUUUCUCUACCUGGGAAGACGAUCUGUGCUGCCGAAACCGGCUGGGGCGUGAUAAGCGACAUCGACGACACGAUCAAAGUCACCAUGACCCCUUCCCCGCUCGGCAUCCUGCACAGCACCUUCGUCGUCGAGACCCCGCAGCCCGUGGCGGGGAUGCCGGAAUUGUACUCCACUCUCACUUCUAUCCUCCAAUCCCCUCCGUUCUUCUAUCUGAGCGCGUCGCCGUAUAACCUCUACCCCUUCCUCCGCCGUUUCCGCGACGCACACUACCCCCCCGGCACCAUCGUGCUCCGCGACGCCAGCUGGCAGAACCUCGGCGGCCUCAUCUCCUCCCUCACGCAAGGCACGCAGAACUACAAAGUCAGCCGCAUGGAGAAGAUGCACGCGUGGUUCCCGAAGCGGAAGUUCGUGUGUAUCGGGGACUCGACGCAGAGUGACCCGGAGUCUUACGGGGAAAUGGCAAGGAAGCACCCGGGGUGGAUUGGGGCGAUUUUUGUGAGGAGAGUGGAGGGGAUUGCUGAGAUGAGUGUGGAGGAUAAGAACUCGGACGAGCGGUUUGAGAAGGCUUUCAAGGGGUUGGAUCGAAGUUUGUGGCAUGUUUUCACUGAUCCGGAUGAGAUAAGGACAAGGGUGGAGGAGUUGGUGAGGACCGAAGACGCCAGUGUUCAUGAAGAGAAGUGA